CAGGUAUUAGUCCGGAGGGGCAGAUCUGCGAGCCACACGGCAGCUCCCGGGGCUACGGUACAUUAGGCUCUCCGUGGGAGAGGGAUCCCAGGGAGCUCCGCUGGGGAGCCAGCCCAGGAGAUUUGUUCGCGGGCUGCUCCGGGGGAUACCAGCCACCUCCGGCACCCGAGCGCCAAAGGUGCUCGUGUUCCUGCUGCUGCUGCUGCUGCUGCUGCUGCUGGCGCAUUUCAUCCAAACUCCAGCCAGAGCGGGGGCAAGUUGAGCCGGAGACAUCAGAGCCACUGCGCUUUGGAGAGACGAGGGCGCCCGGGGAGCGCAGUAGCACCAUGCCUGCUAUCAAGAAGGAGCGACUUGACAGGGAAGAGCUGGCCCUGGCAGCCUUUAACCAACCCAUGGAAACCUUACCUGACUAUCUCGCCCCUCUGGCCGCCGCUGCCAUGCCGGUGGUAGCCCCCCACCCGCCGGCGUACGAGCAGAUCUUUGCCCACCGCGCGUACCUGGGCUUCCACGAGAGCCCCCACCCCUCCCACCCCCACCACCACCUCCCCGAGGACCUGAUGCUGGAGAGGUUUUCCUCCAUCCCGGAUUUCCAGCCCUUCUUUGACAACGGCGAGCCUUGCAUCGAGGUGGAGUGCGGGGAGAACAAGGCGCUGCUCUACAUCAAUAAGUUGUGCCAGGGGAGCAAGGGACCCUCUAUCCGGUACCGGGGCGAGUGGCUCACCCCGAACGAGUUCCAGUUUGUCAGCGGCAGGGAGACGGCCAAGGACUGGAAGCGCAGCAUCAGGCACAAAGGGAAAAGUUUGAAGACUCUUAUGUCCAAAGGAAUCUUACAGGUACAUCCUCCAAUCUGUGAUUGCCCUGGGUGUCGAAUUUCGUCUCCAGUGAACCGGGGUCGCCUGGCAGAGAAGAGGACGAUCCCCCUGCCUCCCACCAGGAUCCCGAAGAAAGAGCUGACCUCGAUUUUCUCGCAUAGUGAUGACAGCGAAGAGAGCGACAAGGGCAAUGGUCAACACCCCGAAGUAAAGCAGGAGGAGGAUCUCCAUAUCAGUAUCAUGAAAAGAAGGAUACACACCCACUGGGAUUUAAACAUCUCCUUCCGAGAGACCUCUUGCAGCCGUGAUAACGACCUCUCCACUAUCAUCUCCAACCUGCAUCAGAGCCGUCAGCUCGUUAUGCCAGAGACCCAGAGCCGCUGUGAAUUCAAGAGGAACAGCAUCGACGUUGGCUUGGGAGCAGCAGAUGAGAUUUUAGGCAAGAGAAGAGUAUGUUCUCCCAACAGCAGCAGUGAGUGUCCUUUAGAAAGCAAGAAAGCCCGAAGUGAGUCCCCAAAGGAAAACUCCCACACGCCUCUGCUGGAGGACGCGGUGACUCAGAUGACCCCGGAGGAGCACUACAGGCGCAUGAUGUCGGCGCUGAACGAGCACGGCACGUUCGAGGAGCAGCAGCAGCAGCGUCUCUACCAGCUGGCCAACAGCAUGGCAGUGCCCAGCCACGGAGAUCUGCUCCGGGCUCGGCAAGAGGUGGCGGCGGCGGCGGCGGCGCGCAACCCCGGCGCGAUGGAAGCGCACAUCCCCUCCGGCAGCAACUCGUCCAGCCAGAGGAGGAAACAGGGGCUGCCCCAGCACAGGGACACCCACUUCCCCGAAAGGGAGAUAUCCCACCCGCCGCCGCUGCUCUCGCCCCAGAACGCGCCCCAUAUCGCCCUGGGGCCCCACUUGAGACCUCCUUUCCUCGGGGUGCCUUCGGCCCUGUGCCAGACACCAGGUUACGGGUUCCUGCAGCCGGCACAAGCAGAGAUGUUUGCACGGCAGCAAGAGAUGCUCCGAAAGCAAAACCUGGCGAGGUUGGAGAUGUCGGCCGAGAUCAUCCGCCAGAAGGAGCUGGAGAACCUCCACAGGCAGCGGCUGCUGGCCGGCGACCCUCUGAGCCUCCACCCCGGCUUGCCCCCGGACCACCCGGCCCUGCGCAACGUGCACGACAUCCCCGAGGGCCACCCGCUGCGGGAGGAGCUGUCCCGGCGCAACGCCAUGCUGGUGCUGCGGCACAACAACGCGCCCCUGCUCUCCCUCAACCCCGGCGUCCCCAGCAGCGCCACGCCGCCCAAGGAGCAGCCGCGGCGGGGCAGCAGGAAGGCGGCACAGCACCGCACCGAGCCGCAGGGGCCGAGCGAGGCCAAGGAGGCGGCGGAGCCCCGCGGGGCACGGGACGGGGCCCCGGACUGUAACGACGAGGAGAUGAAGGACUCGGAGAGCGACGCCGACGUGAGCGACGAGAAGCCCGAGAGCCUGAAGGCGGAGAGCAGCGGCUCGGCCGCCGAGCUGAAGGAGUGCAAGGAGGCGGGGAAGGGCUGCGAAGGGGCCAAGGAGCUGGGGGAAGGGGCCGCCGGCACCAAUGCGCCCUGCAGCUCGUCCAGCGCCGAGUCCCCCAGCCACUUGCUCGGGCCGGGCAUCAACAAAAGCGAGGUGAAAUACCUGCCGCCAGCCUCCAUCCCGCCGCCCCAGCCGCUGCCCUUUGGGUUCCCCUACACGAUGAGCCCGUACUUCCACGCAGGCACCAUGGGAGGUCUGUUUCUGGAUGGCGAGGAAAGCCCCGCGCUGGAAGACAUCAGCAAAUGGACAGUGGAGGAUGUGUGCAGCUUCGUGUCCAACCUCUCCGGCUGCACCGAGUACACUCAGGUAUUCCGCGAGCAAGCGAUCGAUGGUGAGACCCUGCCCCUCCUGACGGAAGAGCACUUGCUGAACAACAUGGGGCUGAAGCUCGGCCCCGCGCUGAAGAUCCGCUCUCAGGUGGCCAAGAGAGUGGGCCGAGUGCUGUACAUGGCCGGCUUCCCCAUGGCUUUCCCUCUGCAGCCCCCUGGUUUGAGGCCCCCGGAGCGGGACCUGCCCCCCGCCGACCUGCGGCCGUCCUCCACGGGCAGCGUGGCUUCGCCCUUCAGCAGCGGGCUGCCCUCGGCCAGCCGCAUCUCACCAAAGCAGGAGAACGGCAACCCCGCCAUCCUCGCCGGGCUCAACGACACCACGAAACCUCCCUCCUAACCGCCGGCCGGCUCGGGGCUGCUGCUGGAACUGAGCUUCGGCUGGGGGAAACCCAAGGGAAGGCGGCGCGAGAGCAGGAGAGCCUCCCUCGGCGCCAGACACGGGAGCGAGGAAGGGAGGGUUUUAAGGUUUGGUUUUGGUUUUUUUUUU